AUGCAGAUUUUGAAUUUUGAAUAUAAAACUGCAAUAGACCAGUUACAUCUUCACUUUACCAGUGCUAUACAAAAUGCAGCAUUCCAGAUUGUGUUUGGAUAUGUUAGAACUAUGUUCACCAUUCAGGAUAAACAAUUUAAUAGACUGCCAGUACUCAGAUUUCUUGAAGAUUUCUGUGAUGUAAGUCAGAAAUUGCAGGACUGUCUCAAACAACAGAGUCUGAACUACUUCAAAAAUCACCACAGAGCAAAGAUGGAUGAGUUGCGAAUGUUUCUGGAGAAUGAAGGCUGGGAGCUGUGUCCUGUCAAAUCAUCAUUCCAUAUACAGCAUCUUGUGAGUACUCAGGAGGAAAGGCAAAGUCCAUUUGUUGUUCAGGCUGACACAGACUAUAAAGAAGAUGUAUUUGCAGGAACAGGCGAUGAUAUGAGUGGUGAGGAGUACAGUGAUAGUGAUUCUGAUGUACCUGAUGAACUCAAGCAGGAUUAUAUUGAUGAGUUAACAGGAGAAACACAUUCCAGGCCGGGCAGAAGAAGAUAUUCAAGGAGUCGAAGUUACCAGAAACAUGUUUCGAUAGUAACCAAUACAUCACUGAAUGUGUUCAGAGUCAUAGGGAAAUACAUACAGAUGAUGAGGUUGUUGAAGCCUAUAGCAUUUGAUGUGAUGUCAUGCAUGGCUCAACUGUUUGAUUUCUACAUGUAUUCUGUAUACAUUUUCUUUGGAACAGAAUUGUCAACGAUGGAUGAUCGGCAUAUCAACAACAGAUUGAGGUCAACGUUACAGAGGAUACAUAGCAGUUUGAUAGCUGAUCUACAUAACACUGACACCAUAGAGGAUCCGGAACAUAUUGAACAUAGGGAGAAGAUCCCAGCCCCACAUCUCUCACCCAUUGUAGACUUACACAAUCCACAGAGGAGGUUCGGACUACCUGAGAGAAUUGUCGCAGCAGAGUCACUAGUGUUUCUUGGGGAACAGAUGGAAUUUUUACAGCCCCAUCUUGAAGCUAUCAUUCCACAGAAUAAGAAAGCAUUCCUUCAACAGUUUUAUUCACAGACUGUAAACAUGGCAGCAGAAUUACGUAAACCAGUCUAUUGGGCUGUAUCAUGUAAUGUGAUCAACUAUGAACUUGUCUUACAACAUAUGGCAGCAGUUAAAUGGGACAUAAAGGAAAUCAUGUCACAGCACAACUCAUAUAUAGAUGUUUUACUUCAUCAAUUUUCGGAUUUCAACUCGUAUUUGAGUGAAUUAUGUCGGCAUAUGCCUGUACCUAGAGCUACCUAUGAUCACGUAUGGGACCAAAUAUUGCGCAUAUCAGGCCGGACCUUUGUAGAGGGGUAUGCCAAUGCAAAGAAAUGUAGUAUAGAAGGCAGGGCCUUGAUGCAGCUCGAUUUCCAGCAGUACCUGAAAAAUAUAGAAAAACUUAUAGAUCUAAGACCCAUUCCGGACAGAGAAUAUGUGGAGGGCUAUAUUAAAGCAUACUAUUUUCCCGAGAACCAGUUGGAAUCUUGGUUACCAGAACACAGGGAGUAUUCUAUCAAGCAAUUAUUGGCGUUAGUGACCACUGUAGACCACCUGAACAGAAAGGCAAGGCAAAGACUCGUGAACAUGGUAGAGGACAUGGACAAAAGUAACAGGAGAUAGUGAACGUUGAACUAUAGUAGUGAACAUUACAAUAUGGUAGUGAACAUUACAGUACGGUAGUGAAAAUCGUAUUGUAGGGAAAUAUUUCCUUCAAAUUGUGAACAUUGCCUGGGGUGAAAAUUUCACUGAAAAUAUGAACAUUGCAAUGUAGAAGUGAACACCAAGGCAGACAUUAUUAACUCAACAUUAACCCUUACCCUGCUAAAUUUCUAUAAUGAACUUGUCCCUCUUUCAGUUUGGACAGUACCAUUAACUGUUAAAAGGGGUGCUUACCAAAAAGAUACUGACUGAAUGGCAAACAGUGCCGUCUGCAGACUAAGGGUUAAAAGUGCAGUUGAAAACAUUGCUGUGUAGUUGUGAACAUUGCAGUGCAGUUGUGAACAUUGUAUUGAAGGUCAGCAUGCAGUGCAGUAGUGAAAACUGCAGUGUGCUAAUGAACAUUGCAUUUGGUGAAAUAUUUCAAUGAGAUAAUGAAUAUUGCUUUGAUGGUGAACAUUGCAUUGUGAUAGACAAUUCAUUGCUUGAAACAGUUUGCAUAAACAUUAAAGACCAGUUGAUGGAUUUUAAGUUCUGGCAAGAAAUUAAUAUUACAUUACAUUAUUUACAUGUAACUAUAUGUACUCGUGAAUAAAAAUUAGGGGCUUAUUAAUUAAAUGAUAAUGGCUUACAUAGAUUGAUCAUUUAUAACAGAGGCUGAGAAAUGCCAUUUCUAAAUGAAUUUUUUGGAAUGUUGUGAAGAUUUUUAUUAAUUACAGGGAAACAUCAGAAUUUGUAUUUAUGAGAAAUCCUCAGAGAGAUAUCCAAGACCGGGAGUUAGUAGUAGUUCGAGCUAUCAAACAAAGUACUUACAUUAUAUAGGGAUUUUGCCGGGACAGGACAGUGAGUUAGGGCGAAAGAUCCAAGUUCAAGCAGACAAAGUUUGACUGUAUCAAGUACCAAAGAUAAUAGAGAUGAAAUGAAGUUAAAUGAGCCGUGCCAUGAGAAAACCAACAUAGUGGGUUAGCGACCAGCAUGGAUCCAGACCAGCCUGCGCAUCCGCGCAGUCUGGUCAAGCUCCAUGCUGUUCGCUUUUAAGGCCUAUUGGAAUUGGAGAAACUGUUAGCGAACAGCAUGGUUCCUGACCAGACUGCGCGGAUGCGCAGGCUGGUCUGGAUCCAUGCUGGUCGCAUACCCACUAUGUUGGUUUUCUCAUGGCACGGCUCAAAUGUAUAAAGCUUCAUUUGCAUUUGUCAUUUUUGCUGUGCAUUUUAAACAUGGGCAGUUCAUACCUUUAAUUCUUGCAUUAGCAAGGUAUAGUGGUGCAAAGGUAGUGUCAUACUCCAGAGCCAGAGGUUGAUUUCGAAUCUUAAGGAGAGCAGAUUUUGACCAGUUUCCACUAUCACUUACCAAGGCAUAAGAAAUAAUUGUUUUUUAAAAAUAAGGCAUCGGAACUACUUAACACUUGUGCGAAUGGCUUGAAAUAGUAAGUGGUUGCUGUUAUAUAUGUAAUAAAUGUAUCUAUUUCCAUGUUUGCCUUUAAGUAUUUCAGCAGUAAUGAAAGUUAGUUGAUAGUUUAAUUGGGUGAGGGAAACUGAAUUCUUAAGGCAUUAGAUUUUAUGUAGAUGUAUGUUUUAUUGUAUGUUUGUGAUUCAAUGUGCAAUAUGAUAUUUGUAUGAUAUACAGGUCUAGCUGUAUUUAGGUUGUUCUCAGUGGUGCGACAUGAAGAUAUUUACCACUACUGUUUGCAAGAAACAGAGCCAAUAGAUGGUUUUAACAUAGCACAAGUUAUCUCCCCUGGCUGCCAUUUUGGUGGGUCAGUCUGCAACAGAUUAGACCAGACUUCUCAUGAUGCUUUGAAAUUCUGUUUACUGUACAAAAAUCUCUUUUUUUUGUGUAUUGUUGCUAAAUAUGUAAUCUGUACUAUGUGAAGGAUUAUGACAAGUGUCCUAAUACCUUUACUUAUUUUUGUCGAAUUUUUGUAAACUGUUAGAUAUCUAGAAUUUGACCCGCAAAAUGGCAGCCAGUUUUUUCAAGGGAGAUAAAUAUUGCAAGGGUCAAGGCCAAUAGAUACUGGACAGUGCUACAAUUCGUACCUCAGCUACCUGUAUUGUAUUUCGAAGUACAGGAAGUAGUCCUUGAAAAGGUAAAAAAGUACUUGAAAAGUCCUUUAGAAGUUUUUAUAUGUUCUGUUUAAUCUGUAUGAUUCAGAAAGUCGCACUAGUGUUAAAAGCGGCUAUCUUUUCAGUAGGACAACUUGCAGAAAUAAUAAACUUAGUAUCACAGCACUAUUGUAUCAAGAUGGUUACAUGCAUAUAUAAUUGUAUCAUUUUAAAACUAUUAUGUGCUGAUACUGUUUAAUGCACUGCAUGUUAAAGUAUCUGCUAAAUAAUGAAUAAAAUAAAAAUACUA